AUGCCUUUCGCAUUGACCCCACGGUGCCCUCUUCGUUCGUUGCUUCUACCCGCGUAUUCCCACUGUUACUUCAUCAUCUUCCCCUCGUCUCCUUUGGUAGCUGUUAUCCUCACCCACCCAGCCAUCAGCUUCCGUUUCAGAAGUCCACGUCUCACGUACUCGAGCCUCGCUCUGUCGCUUCCACCCUCUUCCCUUUCAGUCCUUCCAAUGUUUCCCACUCGGCUCUCCCCCUCUCGUCCCCCGCCUCCCUCCCCCGCUCCAGGCUCAAGCUCGCCUGUUCGGUGCAGCAGCUUUCUGCGCCCGUCUUUGCAUCCUAUGUCAAGACGUCUUAGAACCUCUCCACUCCCCUCUCCCCCACUCCUCCACCUCCCCCACACGACCUCCCCCCCACACAGCCUCGAGCUCGCCUGCUUGGUGCAGCAGCUGCUUGCGCCCGACGCCCCCCCCUCCGCCAGCGUCCCCUUGACUCCGAACUUUGACUCCGCCCCGCCUGCAAAACCUCCCACCGCCCCCACUGCCGAGAGUGGUGCUUUUGCCGCCGCCGCUGCGGCUGCUGAUGCUGCUGACGGUGCUGCUGAGGGUGGUGUUGAUGUUAGUGCUGGUGGUGACAGCAGCAGCAGCAGCGCAAACGGGGGCCGUUCCAGUGAGGAGAGUGGUGGGUCGGGCUUUAAGCGCGCGUACUGGCACGCGUGCACCAACGUGGAACGUUUUCUCAAGGUGUGUCGGCGUGUGGGUCUGAGGGACGUAUCGCUCUUCACCUCGCCUGACCUCGUGGAUGGCAGGGACGUUCGGCGCGUCUGCCUGUGCCUGCGCACGCUCUCCAAGCGGCUAGUGGGCAUCCGGGAUUUCGAUGGCAUCAUGGUGACGGCCUCCUCUGCUGCUCGUCAGAGACUCAUCUCCUCCUCCUCUUCCGCCUCCACCUCGUCCUUCUCAUCCAACCCUUGUGUUCAGCCGUCCUCUCUCGCUCCUUCUCUCGCUGACUUGACCCGCGCGGCCUCCAUCACCCUUCCCUCCACCACCUCUGGUGCUGCAGCUUCCGCUGCUGCUGCUGCUGCUGCUGCUGCUGCUGCUGCUGCUGCUGCUGCUGCUGCUGCUGCUGCUGCUGCUGCUGCUGCUGCUGCUGCUGCUGCUGCUGCUGCUGCUGCUGUUGCUGCUGCUGAUGCCGGUGCUGGCAACAUGAAAGGACCUUCUAAGUCCGAGCAUAAGGAGCAGAAGCAGUUUACUCCAGCAACUGCCACCGAGUCAUUAGAUUCAGAGCCGCCAGACUCAGAGGUGCUUUCAAGCACCAACAGGGAAGCGGGUCUCAAGUGUUCUCAACAGCCACAUGCAGCCCAGUCCGAGAAUGCACUGGCCUGGUUCGGACUGGACGAGGAGGAGAGGCGGAGCAUGGCGGGUGCGAUUCCUGCUGGCCUGCCGUCGCUCCGCGUGCAUGGGAGGCCAGUGGGGGAACGCGUGGGGGGGGCAAUGCAGCCUGCUGAGCCAGCAGCACCUUCAGUGGCUGCACUGUCAGCAGCGGCAGCGCCAGCAGGAAGUGCAAGGGUGCGAGGGCAGGAUUGGAGGGCCGACAGACCGGAUGCGUGGCAUGGGGGGCACGAGCAGCAGCAUGUGUAUCAUCGCCACAGUCAGCAGCACCCGAGUGAAUGCGACCGUGUGCGUGAGGCACGUCACGAGCAGCAUCAAAAGCACGAGGGGCACAAACAGCAGCGGCAUGGACACCAUUGGUACCAUCAGCACACUGACCAACAUAGCCACGCUUCUGCUUCGGAAGCUCGCCAGAACAGUCACCGUCUGAGUGAAUAUCACCGCGUGUUAGAGCCGAAGCAGAAACAGAGUGGGGAGCGCCACCUGGGAGCCAGUGGUGCCGCUGCUGUGCCUGCUGCUGCUGCUGCUGGUGCUGGAGCCAGGGCUGCUGCUGCAUCUGCUGCUCCGGUGGACGUCUCUCCUCGCUUCCUUCCGCCUGACCCCACCUCCCUCACCCCCGUUCUCCCGGACCACCUGUGCAGUCCCCGCAGAGUGGCCUCGCCCAUCUCCCGCACUCACUCCAACGCCUCCUCUACCUCCACCGCUCUCCACAGCACGCAUUCGCUCUCCCGCCACAGUCACACCCGCAGCAGUCACCACAGCCGUAGCCACGCGUUGGGUCUGGUGGGGGAGGGGGAGGGGGAGCAGAGGCGCAGAGGGGUGUGGGAUUUGGUUGCUGCUGCUGGGGCUGUGGCGCUGGUGGGUGGAGCGAUGGUGCUGGCGAAUAGGAGUAACAGACGGACGCGGGAGGAGAGAAGGAGGCGAGCGUUGGAGUAUGAGCGGCCGAGCUUCACGGACCACAUCGCGCAGCGGCCACACCUCGGCAUGGGCUUUGGCGGGGUGUUUGAGCUCAACUUUGGGGAUACGCCUGUGGCUGCUGCGGCCACCGACGCAGCAGAUGGCGAGGGCGAGGGGCAGGAGGGCAGCGAGGGGGGGAGGGAGAGGGGGAGGGAAGGUGGGAGGGAGAGGGGAGGGGAGCAGGUGGUGCGAGAGGAUGGGCGGACAGGGCUGGGCGGACGGGAGGCACGACGCCCCUGGUUCAUGUCCCUCGGCUCGCAGCGGAACUCAACGGGAGAAGCAAGAAACACCACCAGCACCACCGGCAGCAGCAGCAGCAGCAGCAGCAGCAGCAGCCCUACCAGUACCACUAGCAGCAGCGGAGUGUGGCGGAGGGGUCCCAAGCCCCUGCCGAGGUGGCAGCAGGCGGAGCUGGUGUUGAGGCAGCAGCGGGAGAUGGUCAUUCGCCGUCUGCAUGGGGACCGCCGCUCCAUGGCUGAGAUCUG